AUGACUUCUCCCAGACUCAUCCCCCUGUGGAAGGACUUUAAAUACCUUCUAAGUGAUAUGAUACAGAAAAGCAAGCAAAAUUUAGAUGACCCGAAGACUGAUGUAGUUGUGUUGAGUGACCGGUCCCAGAUCCUGUUCAAAGAGUCUCGCCAUCCUCAAAACAUGCCGCUUAUAUGCUACUACUUCAGUGACGUCCACUUCUUUUCUUCCCUCUCUUGGGUGACAACAAUCACGAAAGAAAUACAGGCUGUAGUAUGGAUGAAAAGCAAGACUGAGGACAUGGUGGAGAAGAGAACGUUCUCCAUGACAGAUCGGCUGCCCCCCGUCCAGUCCAUGGUCCACACAGGCUCCUUUCAUAUCCUUGUGGUCUACUGUGGUGACCUGCUCCUGCGGCUCUUUGGGGACCACCUUCGGUCAUUCAAAUCCCUGGGGGUAGCACCCUGUCGCUUUAACAUCACCUGCCUCUGCUAUGACCCAGAAAUGAAGAUGCUUCUGUCGGGAAUCCUGGGGGCAGUGGUCACCUGGACCAUUGAGCGCAGCGGCAGGGGUCUCCAAAUAGCCCACAUGGUCGCCCUGCCUGGUGACGAGUUGGUCCAUGACAUCGUGCUGAAUGGCCCCAACGGCUCCCUGAUUGCCAUGUGCGAGAAUGUGGUGAGGGUCCUGGAGCGCCAGGGCCAUGGCCUCCUGGCAGAGGUGAAGAAGUUCUCUUCCACCAUCAGUGGCUCCUCGAUCACCUGCUGCUUCACUUGUUCUGAGCAGGGCUUCCUUUACGCUGGAAACAAGACUGGGGAGAUCCAAGUGUGGAACCUCAAUUGGGGCCACUCCCUCCACACUUUCAAGGCCCACUUCUCUUCGGUGGUCUGUAUCCGCAGCCAGCCAGAAGCCCACACCCUGCUCACAGCUGGCCGGGAAGGCAUAAUCAAAGAGUGGAACCUGACUUCAGGCAAUCUGCUACGGCGGCUUGAACUGGGCGAGGAGCUGUAUCGGCUCCAGUUUAUCGAUGGCACCACUUUCUUCUGCCAGACUACCCACUCUUUCUCCUUGCGCAGCCUGCCCUUCUUCUAUAGCCUCUUCAAUGUCUGUGGCUCUGCUCCCCUGCAGGUGCGCCGGGUCCACUGUGGCAGUAACUGGUUCCGGAUCCUGUGCACCACCGAGGAUGGCCUGCUGCGCUUUGUGUCCCCGCUAACGGGGAAUCUCCUGGUCAUCACCUGGCCCUUCUCAAUUCUGGACCAGGCCACGGAUUGGGCCUACGACCCCAAUAAAGAGGAGCUGUUUGUAGCAACAGGCAGCCCAGACGUGCUGGUCUUUGACACCACCCGCUCCCCUUGCAUGGCCAAGUAUCUCUUAUGCACCUCACCAGAUUCUCAGGACCUGGUACAGUGCCUGGCUUAUGGGCACUUUCACCUGGGCCGGGGUCUAGAAGGACUGAUGUUCUCUGGAUACCAGAGCGGUGUGAUUAGAGUGCUCUCCCAGCACAGCUGUGCCCGUAUUGAGACAUACAUUCACUUUGGGUCUGUCUUAGCCCUCUCUACAUUGCCCGGAGGGCUCUCUGGUAGCCGAGAAAACUCUUUGCUCUGUUCCUAUGGAAUGGAUGACUACAUACACCUCUCAGAAGCUGUGCUUGAAGGGGUCAGAGUGAAACUGCGGACCCUUGCCAGCAUUCUCUGCAGCUGUCAGCUAACACACUUGAUACUCUUGCCCAAGUCAGUGGGUGCUAUCACCCAGACUAACUGCCUGCGUCUCUGGAAGUUCCAUGACUUUCUGUCUUCUGGCUCACAGGAUGGCUCAACGUUCAUAGAGACCUUGCCUUUGCACCAGUGCACCAUCAUCUCUUUUGAUGUCUGCCUGUCCCUGAGUCUUUUUGUCACGGGUGGCAGUGACGGCUCUGUCCGGAUCUGGAACUUCCAUGGGAGACUCAUAGCCAUGCUGGACUCAUCACUGCAUUUUGGCCCACUCUGCUUUGCAAAUGACCGGGGUGACCUGCUUGUAACUUUCAACCAGAGUCUUUAUCUGGUGUCCUGCUUAAAGCUGCUUCCUGCAACCCUGCUGGUUCACCUCCCUCUUAUGGGUCUGACAGAUGAAGUGCUCGAAGUCCCUAAGCCUUUCAUACCAAGCUUCUUCUUCUCCUUCGAGACCAUGUUUGUGCCCAAAUAUAUCUACCCUGGACACGGGCAGCAGCAACUGGUGGGUCUGGAGAGUCUUGUCAAUCAUCGAGCCAUUGCCUUUGAUCAUAAUGUGCCACAUGUCAUUGAAGAAGAUGAGCAAGGGAGCCCUGUGCUACUCUCUUCCUUCAAACAUGAUUCCAGGUGUAAGGAAGUUGAUGUGUCGCAGGUGAAAAAACCACCUUAUUUCCAUUAUGUGCUUCCUCCCCAGCUACAGCUGACUACCUGGGAUGAACUCAACCCCUAUCAGAUACUGCGGUGCUACUUUGGUCACGGGCGGGAAUGGCUCUUGGCUCCAGAUUGCUACAUCCCUAACUCGGUGAUCCGGGCCCGUCUCUGGCCAGAGGGCAGCCCGAUAUACCUGCAGUGCAGCCUGCACUCACCCGUGCGGGAGCUGGAAUGGGACAAGUCUCAACAAUUCUUCUUCUGGCACAGCCGGGCAAGAGCUAUAAGCGACGCAGAACAAUACAUACAUGAAAAGGAAGAUGAAGACUUCCUCCUUACAAGAGCGUCCAAGGAUAUCACUUACACCGUUCUUACAGACUCAGCAAACCGCAGUUGGCUGGGGAAAAAGAUGAGUGAAAUUGCUAUCAAUAGCAUGAUAGAGACGAUUCUCAGUAUUCUAAUCCAUGCUACUCCACUGAAGUACCAGUGCUGUAUUGGUGCCCUCGGGCAGAUCUUUGCCUCUUACCAGGUGUCUCCUCCCCUGCGCUCUGAAACAGCCCACCGUCUGUUGGAUGAUACAACCAAUUCCAACCCACUGAUUCGAGAGCUGGCCUGGGAAGGGCUGAAGCGUCUAGGAAUGAUUACUCAUCUCUUUGCCGUGCCUCUGGCCCAAGGACUAAUGGACAAAGAUGACAGAGUGAGGAAUAAGACCCUGAGCCUCAUGGCUGACACUGGAGUCCAUUCUAAGACUUCACUCUUGAACUUGGUCCAGAAUCGAGAUACUUUCCGGGAGAUGCAGCAGGAAAUGGUUGGGGAUGAAACCUUGGACCGUCUGCUGGGACUACGAGCCCCAGAUCUCCAAAUCCUUCAUACUCAAGUGGCACAGCGAUUGAAUGAAAACCUGACCUUAUACCAGGGUGAUGAAAAGCCUACUUUUACUUUAGAUGUCUCAGAGGCAUCUGAACUUACUGCUCUUUCCAAGGAAACUGAUACUGUCCCUGAAGAACCUGAAGCUGCCUUCAAGCACAGCAAAGGUCCAAGACGGGGCCGGCCAGUAGUCAGAAAGCACACCCGAAAAUUUUUGCGGAGCCUCAAGAAGCUCAAAGAAACUGUCACAGAGCCAGGUCCCUUAGAGGAUGAAGGUGAUCAGAGUGAACCUGCACCCACUGAGGUGGAGGAGGCUAAAUCUUCAGCCUCCAGUAUACUAAAGGUUGCAAAAGAUGAUGAACAAGAAUCUUCAGAGGUAGAUGCCUCAAAGGAUCACGUGGCUUUGACCAUGAAGAUGUUGAGGAAGACACGUGACAAAAGAAGCCGGAAAUCAGUAUCUCAGAAAACCAUAAAGAGGCGCAAAAGAAAAGUAACAGACGCUGAAGUUACACAUGAGGGAUUUCCACAUACUGGAAAGACAGACUUAAUUAUGAAGCCACUGCAAAUCACAGGGCGGGGUGCCUCUGGAGCUCCUGGCCUCAGGUCUAGAGAUAGCUCGAUGUGGCGGGAUGACCUGUGUCGUCUUAUGACCCUGAGGAUAUCUGGUUCCCAGACAAAAAUGUUAGAAGCUCUCAACAAUGAGCUAGUGACCACGGCUCAGGAGAUGCUGGCUGAUCGACGGCCCAGCUGGGAGCUCUUUCAGGAGAUCUGCCCCCUGCUGAAGAAAGACAGUGAGGAACUGCUUGAGGACCUUGACUGGGAUGUAGCCUGGCCAGAGGAGAAACCAGUUUUUAUUCACGGAUCAGCAAUUAGAGAGGACAUGAUGAUCAGAGACAUGGAAGAGGAGACAAGAGAGACACAAGAGCGAAAGACAGAAAAGGACCUGCAGGACCUGCAGGAAACCCACGUGAGUCCAAAAAAAGGCAAGAAAAAGAAAGUUCUUUUUGCAGAACCAGACCUAAGCAAGGGAAAACGAAUAUCAAAGAAAGAAGAGAAGAAAUCCUCUAAGCCUUCUAAACAGAGGAAAGCAGUCCAGCAGGAGAUAAAAGUGGAUAAAAAAGAGAGGAAGAUAGCCAAAGAAGAGAGGGGCAUGGGUCAGGAAGUGGAGGAUGUGGCCAAAUUAAAGGAGAAAGUGGUUGAGCAAGAAAGAAGGCCACUUAAAGAUGAGAUAAAACUGUCUUGGCAGGAGUGGAAGAAGUCCUGGGAUCAAUGGAAAAAUGCUUUCGGUGAGACAAGGAUAUCGUGGGAUGAAUGGAAGGAAACAUGGGAAAGCCAGAGUCAUCAGGAAGAGGAGCAACUACUUGAGGAGGAAGAGAAGCUGCUCCCGGAUGCAGAAGAAGGACAAGUCAGAAGGGACAAGACGAAGCGGACAUGGAAUGAAUGGUCACAGAUCUGGGAAAAGAUGUCAGCCAAGGCCAGGAAGAAGAUGUUGGUGACUCAGGAGGAAGUGACUCUGGAGGAAAAACCGCCUCAGGAGCGGGAAGAAGAAGCAGAAGCAACAGCAGCAGCAGCAGCAGCAGCAGAAGAAGCACCAAUGACAGAAGAGCAGAGGCAGAUCCACCAAGAAUACAAACAGGCCCAGGUUGAGCGAAAACGGGCCCAGGCUGAAAGAAGACGGGCCCAAGAAGAGAGGAAGCUGGCUCAGGAAGAGGAGAAGCUAGCACAGGAAGAGAGGAGACUAGCCCAGGAAGAGAGAAAAAUGGCCCAAGUGUAUGAGAAACUGGUUGAGAAAGACAGGAAAAUGGUCCAGAUGGAGAGGAAGCUUAUCCAGAAUGAGGAAAAACUAGCCCAAACAGAGGAAAUGCUGAGCCAGGAUGCAGAGAAAUUGGCCCAGCAAAGGAAGAGACUAGCCAAGAAAUUGGAGAAACUGGCCCGAGAAGAAGAGAACAUAGCAAAGAAAGGAGGGAAGCUAGCUGAGGUCAAAAAGAUAAUGAUGCAGAAACUAGAUAAACUGGCCCAGAAAGAGCUAGAUCUAGCAUGGCAAGAAAAGGAACUAGCCCAGGAAUUGGAGGAUCUGACCUGGGAAGAGGAGGAACUGGCUUUGAAAGAAGAGGAACUGAAUCAGGAAGAGGAGGAACUGAUCAAUGAAGGGGGCAGGCUGGAUCAGGAAGAGAUGACACUGGCAUCUCAAGAAGAGAAACUGGAUGCAGAAGAGAAAGCAGUGAUCCAGGAGGAAGAACUGCUGGUCCAGGAGAAGAGGAGACUGGCCCAGGACAAACAAAAUCUGUCUGAGGAAAAGGAAGGACUUGAUCAGAAAAGGGAGCAACUGAUGGAGAAUAAGAAUAAAUUGGCCCAGGAAGAAAAGCUGCUAAUCCAAGAAGAGAAAGAACUAGCCCAAGACAAGGUAAAACUUCCUGGAGAAGAGGAAAAACUUACCGAGAAGAGGGAGCAACUGAUGGAGAAAAAGCAGAAACUGGCCCAAGAGGAAGAGCUACUGAUCCAGGAAGAGAAGAAACUGGCCCAGAACAUGGAAACACUGCCAGUGAAGGAGGCAAAACUUGCCCAGAAAAGGGAGAAAUUGAUCAAGAAUAAGCAGAAACUGGCCCAGGAGAAGACUAAGCUUAUCCAGAACAUGGAAGAACUUCCCAACGCCAAAGAAAUACUGGCCUGGAGGCAAAAGAAUCUGGCCCAGGAGAAGGAGAAACUGGCUCAGGAGAAGGUGAAAUUGGCUCAGAGGAGGGAAACCUUAAUCCAACUCCAAGAAAGCCUCAUCCAGAACAGAAAGAAAUCAAUCCCUGAGAAGGAGAAACAUGACAUGUAUAAGAAUAGGCUGGUUCAGAUAGAGAAGAAGCUGAUGGAGGAAAAGGAGAAACUCUUCCAGAGGAAGGAGAAACUGGCCACCAUAGAGGAGAAACUGACCCAAUUAGAGGGAAGCCUGGCUAAGAAACAGCACAAAGUAGCCCAAGACAAAAUGAAAUUAGCUGUAGGGAAGAGGGCAGUGUUCCAAGAACUGAACCAGCUCAGAGGUGACUGGUCUAUUACCAGGGAAGAAAAGGAACUGGACAUGGAAAUGAAAAUACUGACCUGGGAGAAAGAGACACUGGCUGAGCAAAAGGAAAUUCUCUUCAAGGAAGAGACUCAAGAAACUUCCAAAGAGAAAAGACCACCUAAGGAUGAACUAGAGCUAAUCAAGAGGAAAUUGUCACUAGAGGAAAAGAUAUUGCUCUAUGAAGAAAGGAUCCUGGCCACAGAGCAAACAGACAUGGCCAAAGAAAAACUGGAAUUUACCAGAGGAGAGAGAGUAUAUGCCCAGGAACAAAGGAAGCUAGCCAGGUUACUAAGGAAAUUAGCUAAAGAAAGCAAGGGAAUUUCCAAGGAACCAUUAAAAGUGAGCAGCAAAGUCUUAAAGAUACUUCAAGGCCUUAUUAAAGAAGAAAGGAAACUAACCCAGGAAGAAAUAGAGAUGACAAAGUUAAAGAGGUUAUUUGUCCUUAAGGAAAGGGAAUUGAACAAGGUACAGAAUGAACUUGAUGCCAAGGAAUGGGAUUUUUCCGAGGAACAACCAGAAAUUACCAUAGAUGAGAAGAAACUGGCUAAGAGGCAGAGAAGACUAGCCAAGGAAAUUAGAAGAUUGAUAAAGAGAGAGAAAAAUGUUACUGAACAAGAAAGCAUAUUGGCCAGGCAACAGAGAGAUGUCAUACAGGAAACAGAGGAAGAAGAAACAACAGAGGAAGAAGAGGCAAAGUCAUUUCUUAAACAUAAGUCAAGAAAAAGAGAAAAGCUAAAGACAGCUGAUACACAACAGGAAGAGUUACUCAGUCAAGAGGACGAGGUGAAAAGUGUGAAAAGUGAGGACAGCUCUUCUGAAGAAAUGGAACGCCUGUUAGAUGAAAUAGAGCAAGAGAGUUUGUCUGAGGAGGAGGAGGAAGAAGAGGAGGAGGAAGAGGAGGAAAUGGAAGAGGAGGAGGUGAAGGAGGAGGAAAUGGUAGAGGAGGAGUUGGGGAAGGAGGAAGAAGAAGGGAAGGAGAGGAAGAAGAAAAGGAAAAAGAAAAAAAAGAAGAAAGUACAGGAGAAGGAAGAGGGGAAAGAGGAAGUGGUUGAGGAGGAAAGCACAAGUGAUGAAGAGAUGGAAUAUUUGAGUGAGAAAGAGGAAGGAGAGGACAGAAACUUGUUAGAAGAGGUAGACAAGAAAAAAGCAAUUUUUAAAAGAGAAAAAAUAUACAAGUUACUAGAAGAAGGGAAAAAGCACUUAAGAGGAAGAGAAGAAGUCCUUUAUAUUGAAAAAAGAAUCCCUGACAUCAAAAGCAGUGCUAUAAAACUGGAAAGCCCUCCCAAGCAACUGAUCUCAGUCACUCUGGGGAGCAAAGAGAAGAUAUCAGAGCCAUUGCUAACUAAACAAAUAUCCUGGGACGAUAAGACCAUAGCACUUGGGAAGCCUGGAGUAUUCCCAGGGGCAGGGUUUAUAGAUAAACUAGAACUGUUGAAGAAAUAUAAGCCCAUGCCUCUACAUGUUUUGGAUAUAGUUUUGGAGGCCCAGGAGCCUGACUUAGAGACCCCAUAUUUAUCCCACAUACUGAGGAAGACCAUAGAAGCUCAGAAACUCCAAGGCAAACCGCUAGGGGCCAAGUGGCAGUGGAUCCUGCAGCGUCAUCCAUCUCUGAAGAAACAGAGUGAGGUACAAUUACCUUUGUCCAAAAUCCUGGCUGAGGAAAUCUACCCAGACAUCAGUUUCUCAGAUGUAGAGUGGAUCCACCAUGUCCUAGAAAAGAUAGAGGCAGGAGAACAGCUUUCCAGGGAUAGUUUCCACCGAUUGUGCCAGCUUCUCAAAGACCUCACCGCAAAGGAGAACUUAGAGUGGAUGCACCUGGCCAAGCUCGAAGCCAUCGUGUGCCAUCACAAGCAGAUCAUGGAAUCCCGAGGCACAUAUGUCUCCAAGCCCAGUAAGGAGCCCCUGGGUCCAAAGUACCUGAAAGUGAUCCCUCCCAUCAAAGGAAGGGAAAAGGAGAGCUGGCUCAAACGUCUGGCUGUCUCCACACCAAAGUCUCUGUUAGCUACCAAAGGGAUCCCAGACCCGAAGGCUAUCAACUGGCAUCUUCUGGGAGAGCCUUACCGGAGUGCGCGGGCAAAGCAGAUAGCCACUGCUCUCAGGGGGAUGGAGAUGCGAUACUAUGAUUCUGCCACAAGAGACAUUUUCACAGGUGCCCUGGACCCUGUUGAAAAACAAACCCUGGCGCUGAUGUUUCAGAAAGACUUCUGGGCUUUUAAGGAUAAGGGCAGGUUUGCCAGAUUGCCCAAGUUGGAGAAGAAGGCACGACCCAUCUCUAAAGUAAAGGAGGAGGUGCCUCUGUGGGAGACAUUUGUGGCACUGUACCAUGUUCUGCGGAUGUUGCAGAAGCGAUAUGCAAGAGACAGUGCUGCGUGGAUGGAACAGUUCAACCGUCUUAUGGACCUAUACCAGCUCAAGUCUCCUCGAAUCCAGAAGCUGAUGCAGGACCUGCUACUGAGAGAAGAGCCCCAAUUCCAAGAGGUCACUUACAAAGAUGCCCUAAGGGCCGUCGAGCUAGCCCCUGGGGAACGGUUGUUCUACCAACUGCUCUGUGGUGGCUCUCAAGCCCAUAAAGAGCCUCUGGCAUUCCAGGAGGUGGUUCCCCUCCCCGGACAGAACAAUGUGCGUACCAUGCUCCCCAUGGGCAUUGCCCAGUAUGGGAUCUUAGAGCUUGCCUGGAAGAGCCUGCCAGAAGCUGAUUUACACCUAACCAAUGAACUGUCCUAUGUGGCUGCUCCUACUCUCUGA